AUGAUGAUUUCAAGUUUCUUUAAGAGGUCAACAAUUGAAGCAUUCGUGAAGACUGUGUCUGGUUUGGCUAGAAGCUUAGCUGAAAUUCUGGCACAGCCUUUGGGAAUCAAACCCAUUUAUUUCGAAGAGAACUGUCCGGCGAGAACAAGUUAUCUUCGAUUAAAUCGAUAUGCUCCAUGUCCAUUUUCUUCCCAAGUGUAUGGCCUCAUCUCUCACACUGAUACUGAUUUCCUAACCAUAGUGUACCAGGACCAAGUUGGAGGUCUCGAAAUAUAUAAAGAUGGAAGAUGGUUGGGUGUGAAACCUAAUCCUGAAGCCCUGAUUGUCAACAUUGGGGACUUCUUUGAGGCCUUGAGCAAUGGCAUUUACAAAAGCAUCAAGCACCGAGUGGUUACCAGCCCAAAAGUUGAGAGGUUUUCUGUGGCCUACUUCUACUGUCCUUCCUACGAUGUGGUCAUCAAGAGCUGCGGUAAGCCAGCACUUUAUAGGCAGUUCACGUUGAGGGAAUAUAAACAGCAAACUCAAAUUGACGUUCAGGAAAUUGGUGAGAAAGUAGGGCUCUCAAGAUUUCUCCUUUGA